UAUCUUGGACCACAAUCUGAAAAUCGCAAACCAGAUUUUUUAAAAAUACCAGAACAUCCGACUGGAUUACAACUUGAUAUUCCUUAUUAUGACUAUGUUUUUGCUAUAGAAGUACAGGGACAACAAGAUGAAAAAUAUAUCGAGCUCUUUCACAGGGAUCCAAAAAAUUUUAUCAAACAGCAAGAGCGGGAUCAACUCAAGAAAGAAUUAUGUGAAGAGAACUGGAUUGUUUUAAGGUAUGUUUGGUAUUACGAAGACCCAUAUGUAGUUAUUUCAGAGCAUCUUCGAGAAUUGGGUCUUAUUGAAUAA